UUUCAAUAUGCUUACGCUGACCCUUACUUUGGUGGACUUUAUACUGCCUACGCACCUCAUAAGAUGGUGAGUCCGCAGGUAAUGGUGGCAGCUCCUGGGCGAAUUCCACUGCCUGCUGCUGAUAUUCUUGAGGAUGGUCCAAUUUACGUCAACGCCAAACAGUAUCAUGGCAUACUUAGAAGGAGACAAAUACGCGCCAAGCUCGAGGCCCAGAACAAACUCGUCAAAAAUAGGAAA